AUGGCUCAGGAAAAUCGAUUGCAGAAGUUUAAGCUUCCAGAGCCCGUUCUUUGCGUUGGUGGGUUUUUGCUAGUCGAGUUUCUUGGUCGAGUUCAGAGGUGUGACAUUGAUGAUUUAUACUACAUAUGUGUGACGCAUGUCAAAGCGAUGGGAAGAUCACUAGCAAAAUCUUUCCGGGUGGUGGAUCCGGAUGAGUCGUCAAGAAAGUUUGGGUUGAAGGUGUUGAGUUACAGUGAUCCACAAGAAAUGAAUGACAAGGAAGAAGAGGUGGGGCAGAGUGAGUUUAGGACGAUGAGAAACCGACGCCUUGAACAGCUCGUGGACUUCCUGCACAGGCAUCCUACGGACGUCGUCCAGUACGCGGCGUCUGAUUAUUAUGAAUCAGAUAGGAGGAGGAGGUUUAGUGUGUGAAUGGAGUGAGUGAGGUGCUAUUUAUUUAGCUAUUGUGGGCUUUGCUUCUGUUGUUAAAGAAUCAAGAGAUUCAUUGUGAGCAAAUAAACUUA